CACUCCGCCGCCCCCAAGAGCCUCAUCUUUCUCCUCUUCCAAAUAAUCAACCCAAACUCCGUUAAAACAAAAUUCUCCCAAAAAAAAAAUGCAGACAUCUCUAACGACCUUAUCCUCACUCACCCACUCCCAAUUCUUCUACCUCUCUCACGGGUCGGUGACCAGAACCCUCACCACCGCCGCCGACCUCAUCCGCUGCGGCGCCGCCGCAUCCAACAAGAGAAGCGCCUCCUCCGCCUCUUCUGGGGCCCCACUAGGGUUCGUGUCGGCGAUAGAGAGGGCGAUGGACAAGGAGGAGGAGUAUCGAAAGGCGAGGGCUCAGGUACAGAGGAAGGGCGUGGAGGUUGAAGGGUACAUGAUUGAAGGAUCCUCUAUCGGCGGCCAUGAGACUUGCGUCAUUGUGCCUAGUUUGAAUGUGGCGUUCGAUAUUGGCCGGUGCCCGUCGAGGGCAGUGAACCAGGAUAAUCUGUUCAUUACUCAUGCUCAUCUUGACCACAUUGGAGGUCUUCCAAUGUAUGUAGGAACUCGUGCAUUAUACAGCUUAAAACCACCAACGAUAUUUGUUCCGCCAAGCAUUAAAGCGGAUGUUGAGAAGCUAUUUGAGGUCCAUCGAUCCAUGAGCAAGGAUGAGCUGAAACAUGAUUUAGUUGCGCUUGAUGUGGGGGAGACUUAUGAAAUACGGAAUGACCUUGUUGUCAGACCAUUUAGAACUCACCAUGUCAUACCUAGCCAGGGUUAUGUAAUUUACUCAGUGAGAAAGAAGUUAAAAAAGCAGUAUGCUCACUUAAAGGGUCCUCAGAUUAAGAAACUAAAGGUUUCAGGCGUUGAGAUUACAGACACAAUAUUGUCUCCAGAGGUUGCAUUUACAGGAGAUACGAUGUCUGAUUUCAUACAGGAGCCACGAAAUGCAGAUGCCCUAAGAGCAAAAGUUCUUAUCACUGAGGCAACUUUUCUAGAUGAAGAAUGCGACAUUGAGCAAGCACGGGAACGUGGUCAUAUGCAUUUGUUUGAGCUUUCUGUUGGUAGCCUAGUUUAAGUUACUGAGAGGACCAGGGCUGGGACUAAAAGAAUUGGUUGGGUUGAAAGAAAUGGCCUUGGGAUGUUUAGGCACGGAUAAAGUUGUAGUAUAACCAUGUUACCAUGGGUUAGUUCUGAUACUUGCACCAAGGUUAGUUCUGGUGUCUAUAUGGAAGAAUGUAAUUAAUGGAGGGUCUACUAACAAAAGGGAAAUAUAGACUAGUAUGUCAAAUUUCCUUAGGGACUAAAACGUCCUUUGAGUAAACCCUUCUUUUGUAAAGUUUUAUAUAAAACUACUUGUUGAAGAGCUUAAUGUAAAUUACUUUUGUCAGAGAUAGAUCACUUAGUAGUUUUUCUUUCAAAAUUCUAUGCACAUCCAGAUCUGCAGGAAAUAAGCACAAUUUGAUAAUUUUUUUCUUUCUUGUACAUUUGAUAAAAAUUGGCUGACUUAAUAUUCGCGAUAUCCUAAACCAAAAAUGAUGUUAUUGGUAUUGG